UUUGGAUAAUUUAUCGUAAAGCUUUAGUUGUAGAAGCUUUUGCGGAGUUAUUGUACGGCCGGCGAGAGAGAAUGAACGUUGUAGGGAGACAGAUGACGCGAUCUGAUUCGACGGCGAAUCAUCAACGUCAAUACUCCGAUAACUUCCUCGACGCUUCGUUUGACAGUGACUGGCUUCAGUCCUCCAAUUGUCCUUCCUCUCACGAAUUCGGAUUCUAUGGCGGAGGAAGAAUGAACCGGAAGUCGCCGGAGCCAGGGACGACACCGAUUUGUUCGAGGAAGAACAACGACGAAUACGUGUUGCCCAGUGAUUUUAGCCCUGGUUUACUUGAUCUGCAUUCAUUUGAUACUGAGCUGCUUCCAGAGUUGCAGGUUCCUAGUGUAUACGAAGGAUACGAGCUUCAGAAACCUGUUCGUGGUAAAAGUUUUGAUGAUUCUGAACGGUAUAUAGCUACCGACAAACUUCCGAACAUGCCGCGCGGAAAUGCUGAAAGUAAAGUUCUUGAAAGCAUCUCACUAGAUAGAGAAAGAGCUAAUAGUGUUGCCAAGAUUAAAGUUGUGGUGCGCAAGAGACCAUUGAACAAAAAGGAAAUAUCAAAGAAAGAGGAAGAUAUUAUCACUAUAGGGUCAAAUUCCAAUGCACUAGUGGUUCAUGAAAAAAAACUAAAGGUUGACCUGACAGAAUAUGUUGAGAAGCAUGAAUUUCUUUUUGAUGCCAUACUGAAUGAAGCUGUUAGCAAUGACGAAGUAUACUCUGAGACCGUGGAGCCAAUGGUACCACUGAUCUUCAAUCGAACAAAAGCAACUUGUUUUGCAUAUGGGCAAACAGGAAGUGGAAAGACGUAUACCAUGCAGCCACUGCCUCUAAAAGCAUCUCAAGAUAUUUUAAGAUUAAUGUACCAUACAUACCGGAACCAUGGCUUCCAACUCUUUGUCAGUUUCUUUGAGAUUUAUGGAGGAAAAGUCUUUGAUCUCCUUAAUGAUCGGAAAAAGCUGUGCAUGAGAGAAGAUGGGAAACAACAGGUCUGUAUUGUGGGCCUACAAGAGUACAAGGCAUUAGAUGUUCAAAAAAUCAAGGAAUUAAUCGAGAGAGGAAAUGCAACAAGAAGCACUGGCACUACUGGUGCAAAUGAGGAAUCCUCGAGGUCACAUGGUAUUCUUCAGCUUGCCAUCAAGGGAUCAGCUGAUGGCAGUGAAAAUAAGCCUGCUAGACUUGUAGGGAAGCUCUCCUUCAUAGAUCUUGCUGGAAGUGAGCGUGGUGCAGAUACAACUGAUAACGACAAAAAGACGAGAAUGGAAGGUGCUGAAAUAAAUAAAAGUUUACUUGCUUUAAAAGAAUGCAUCAGAGCUCUCGACAAUGACCAAGGUCACAUUCCUUUCAGAGGAAGUAAGCUGACUGAAGUUCUUAGAGAUUCAUUUGUUGGCGACUCUCGUACUGUUAUGAUAUCGUGUAUUUCACCGAGUUCAGGAUCAUGUGAACAUACCCUGAAUACACUCAGAUAUGCUGAUAGGGUGAAGAGCCUAUUGAAAGGGAACAACUCCAAGAAAGAAACAGUAUCUUCAUCUUCAAAUCUGAGGAAGUCAACUGCAUUGCCCUUGGCUUCAUAUUUUCCAGCAGAAACAUUCGAGGAUAAUAUAACCGAUGUUCGUUCCGAGAACAGAUUUGGGUGGUCAAAGCAGAUUCAAAGAGACCCAUCUUCUAAAGUGGAUCGUGUUCCUAGUGCAAGGACAGAAGGAAAUUCGGCCGUACCGUAUUCAGAUCAUUUCAAAGGUCAGAGAGGUGAUCUAAAUAGCAUGGCCGAGGAUGAUUUUGAUGACUAUGAGGAGACAUAUGAACAGCCAAAGAUGUUGCAGAAGACCGUUGUCGAUCCUUCAACCUUCGAUGGCAACAAUUCUCAUUCAGACGAUGAUUUGAGUGCUCUAUUGAAGGAAGAGGAAGAUCUCGUAUCUUCCCAUCGGAGGCAAGUCGAGGACACAAUGGAGAUUGUUAGGAAGGAAAUGAAUCUGCUAGUCGAAGCCGACCAGCCAGGCAAUCAGCUGGACGACUACAUCUCUAAGCUAAACACCAUUCUUUCCCAGAAGGCUGCAGGAAUUUUACAACUGCAGACUCGGCUGGCCCAGUUUCAAAAGCGAUUAAACGAGUACAAUGUCUUGGUAUCUUCUGGAAAUUGACUUUACCUGCAGAAAA